UCCUCGGCAGUAUGGAACGAUUGACUUGCUGUAGCUUGGCAGUGCUUCUGUUUGGCAUGUGCUGCUACAUGCAGCUUUUAGUGGAUGGUGUCAACGUUAGCACUAUUUCGAACCAAACGAUCCAACCGGUGAACGGCAGUGUGUUAUCCGUGAUAGAGAAGAAGCUCCCGGUGGGGAGAGGAGUGUCCGAUACGGAGGAGAAUGAUAACUGUACGGAUGUCGACAUCCGGAACGAUCUGCGCCGGUUGCGACAGAUUGAAAAUUGUACCGUGAUCAACGGAUACUUUCACAUGGUGCUGAUCGAGCGCGUACCCAGUGAGGAGUUUGAUCGAUACGUCUUCACGAAGCUGAGAGAGGUCACGGGCCAUAUGCUGUUCUUUCGCGUCAUCAAUCUCGUCUCACUACGCAAAAUGUUUCCGAAUCUGAUGAUCAUCCGCGGCCAGCAAUUACUUGGACCGUACGCACUGGUGUUCUACUACAUGACCAACAUGAUCGAGAUUGGGCUGAAGAGUUUGUACUCGAUCCAACGUGGUGCCGUCUUCUCGCUGCACUGUCCACUGCUGUGCCAUCUGGAUACGAUCAACUGGACGGCCAUUGCCAACGGUACGAAGAUGAUGAACUCCUUCGAAACACCGAAGACGGUGUGCAACAAGGCGGAGGUGUGCCGUGGUUGUGAGCAACCGUUCUGCUGGGGAAGCCAAAAUUGUCAGAAGUUUUACAAGGGUUACAACUUCAGUGGACGGAUCAAGUGUCACAGUGAAUGUUUGGGCGGUUGUACUGGGAACAGCUCGUCCCAGUGCCUCGUGUGCCGUGGCUGGAAGGAGGGAGAUCACUGUGUAUCCGACUGUUCACCGGAUCGCUUACAGUUUCGACUGACGAAUCGAUGCAUCACGCGCGAAAGUUGCCUGCGUCGUGGUGGGUUGCUGCAUGAACAAGAGUGUGUGCUCGAGUGUCCGGCCGGUUACAGUCCAACGAAUGUGGAUCAGGAGGUAGCCGACUUUUCCUUGCAUAGCUGUUUCCAGUGUGAACCGAGCUGCCCGAAGGUGUGCCCCGGUGCGGUGAUCAUGUACCUCUCCGACGCAGACCGACUGCACGGUUGCACCAUCGUCAACGGUACGCUGCACAUUCGGAUGAGCGAGGAUCACCCGAACUUGGAGACCGAACUUCAGUCCAGACUCGGUACGAUCGAGGAGAUCAUGGGCAUACUGAAGGUAUUCCGCUCCAAUUAUAUCGCCUCGCUGGAUUUCCUUACCAACGUGAAGAUCAUCCACGGGGUUUACACGACGGACAAUUCCAACUUUUCACUCAUGGUGUACGAGAAUAGCAACCUGCAGCGGCUGUGGAACUUUGAGAAGAAACACUCGCUCCAACUAAUGUCCCGGGGAGUUUAUUUUCGCAACAAUCCAAUGCUCUGCACUCACGAGAUUCAGCUGUUGCUGGGGUUGACCAAGCACAACACAACGAACGAUACGAUCGUGUGGCCCUCGAACGGAUAUCAGCAAGCGUGCACCGUGAAGUCUUUCACGGCCAAGGCGGCGGUACAGUCGGCUCGCAAUGUGACGAUCGUGUGGUAUAACAAUGAACCGAUUAACAGCACAACUGGUGGUGACAGCAGCCAGACGGAUAAUCCGCAGCAGCAGCCGGGGCGCCAUCAGUUACUCGGUUAUCUCAUCUUCUACAUGCGCCUGAACCAGAACAGAUCCUCUUCGUACGGAGGGGGUGAUGUUUGCUCCAAGUUCGGUUGGCGAUCGCGCUACGUGUCGCUGGACAAGGCGAUCGUCCGGGGUACCCACUACAUGUACAAUCUGACCCGCCUGAAACCGUACACCCGGUAUGCGUUUUAUGUGCGCACGUACUACAAUGAGUCGCUCAACAGUACGGCCGAAAAGGUGGGGCUGUCGGAUGUGCGCGAGUUUAUGACGAAAAAGGAUAGACCCACGUCACCGUUGCAUCUGCACACGAAGCGCAAAACCAAUCAUACGAUCACGCUCGGCUGGAAGCUGCUCGCUUCGGAGCGAGAUAUGGUUACGCGUUAUCAUAUCGAUGUGUUUAUCCAACCGGAUGAACCGGAACGGCUUGAUCAGCGUAACUAUUGCCGCGAUCCGUUCGAGUACGGUACGAUGGACGGUGGUACGACGGAUCAACCGUUGAUUGUGACGCUCUGCAGUGAGGAGUACUGCUGUGAACUGGAAGAUCUCGACGGUGAUGACGAUGAGCAGGAGGAGGAGGAAGAGGAAGAAGAUGAUGAGGAUGAUGGAGAGCAGUACGAAGGAUCGGGCCAGGCCGGUAAAGGCCAUCGCGAGCAUCCGCAAGUGGACGAAACUGGACGUAAUUGGGGUCGUCGAAGGAAGCGUUUUGUCGGUGAUUCCUGGGCUACCUCCGCUGGCGCGCAAUCAUCCGAUCGUGGGUUCGAAAUGAUGAUGCUUCGUUUCCAGCGUGACGAGGACGAGGAAACGGUGCAUCGGCAUGAUAACGAUUGGCCGGCAAGAUGGAUUCGGGAUACCGGUGCAAAGGGGGACGCAACGCCGCACCCGGAAGACACGUUCGUCAAUCGCAUUUUCAGCUACGGUUUCGAGAGUUCGACGAAUGAGUUCACCGUGACACUGCUGGAACCGUAUCGGCAUUACAUAUUCCAGCUGUUUGCCUGCGCGGUCGAGGAAGGGAAGGCACUGUGCAGCUCGUACAGUUUGCACUCGGAGCGCACGCUACCGUCACCGCUUUACGAUCAGCUGGAGCUACGGGUGGGCCCAGCUCGAAAUGCGGCCGUUGUCCGUGGUAGUGCGAUCGUGCUGCACUUUGCUGAACCAACGACGGCCAAUGGUUUGACGGUGGCGUACUAUGUCGAGCUACGGUCCACGAACGAUACGAUCGGGCUUAAUCGCACGGAGUGCAUUACACGAUUGGAGCAUGCACGUCAGAAGGGUCGCUACACGUUCAGCAACGUACCACCGGGUGAGUAUCUGGUACGGGCCCAAGCCGUCUCACUGGCCGGUGCAGGACCACCGACCGAGUGGUUGUUCGUGUUGGUGCUUCCGUCGAACGGUGACGAGGAUGCUGUCCCUAUUCCUGCCGAUGCUCCUACCGAUACGACGGUCCAUAGCUUACGGGAUGGAUUGAUUGCCUUCGGUGUGUUGCUGCUGCUCGCUCUCGUAACGGCCGCAGGGUACUGUUGGUGGUCAAGGAAAUGGAUCUGCUGCAUCCGUGGUGCAGAUGAUAAGGUUCCACUUGCCGAGAACGAUGCUAAUGAGUUGAAUGCGGAAGCUGAUGAUGGUUUUGUGAACUGUUCGUUGAAAUAAUAAAACACAUUCAGGAGGGAACAUGCAGAGAUAGAUCGAUAAAGUGAUCGAGUGAUCUUGCACUUUAUUGGCGAAACUCAACAAUCAAUCGAUUCGGUGAUAACGGAAACAAAAACGCACACACAAACACGUAGGAUAAUUUAUAAAAACGAAACAAAACAGAAAGCAAACCCUAGCAAACUAUGUACAAUGAUCCGAACCU